AUGUCAUUCAAUCCAAUCAAAUUAUUAAAGUUGACUGAACAAGCAAAGAUACAGGUACCUUCAUGGCUGACAUCCAUUCAAAAUACAAUAUUGGAUCUAGACUUUUUCGAGUUGGUCCAAAACAUAUGCUCUGCCGUUUCAAGAGAAGAAGAGGAACGUAUCAUUAAAACUGAACUCAUCAAGUUAAAACAUGCAUUCUCUUCAUCUGAUCAACAAAAAGCAAAGAAAAGAGAAUGUUUGGUACGUAUGAUAUAUUGUCAUAUGUUGGGAUAUGAUGUACCAUUUGGACAUGUUCAAGCAUUGAAUAUGACACAGGAUAGUAGUAUGUUGAACAAGAGAACUGGCUAUCUCACACUGUCACUGUGUCUACCAGAGAAGCAUGAAAUGUUGAUUAUGGCUGUUAAUUCAAUCUUGAAAGGUUUGGCAUCAUCCAAUUAUGUAGAGGUUUGCUCGGCAUUGACUGCCUUGUCGAUGUUGGGCGAUGAAGAGACGACACCUGCCUUUUUACCACGUGUUCUUGCUCUGCUGUCAAGUUCACAAAAACCAGUGGUCAGAAAGAAAUGUGUCUCUGCUCUGCACAGACUCUACUCUAAAUCACCAGAUAUCUUUUCACAACUACAAGAUGCACUACGUAUUGCAUUGUGCGAUCGUGAUCCUACAGUCAUGGCAGCUUCACUUGCUCUGUUUUUGGAUGCAUCAAAGGUGGAAGAGACACGCAAUAACAUUCGAGAUUUGGUACCCAGCUUUGUAUCGAUUCUCAAACAGGUAUCGGAGGGAAGAUUACCUGCACAAUUCAUAUACCAUGGAAUGCCACAUCCAUGGCUACAAGUAUCCCUUCUCAAAUUGCUGUCGAAUCUUGGCGCCAAUGACCAGUCUGCCUCUGAACACAUGUACCAAGUCAUUGUGUUUGUCAUGAAUCAAGCUCGUCGAAUGAAAAACAAUGCCGGUUUCUCGGUUCUCUACGAGGGAAUCAAAACUAUCACCACGAUUGUUCCCCACCAAGAGAUAUUGACAGCGGCUGCAGAAGCCAUCCCCACCCUACUCAAAGGUCGUCACAAUAACCUUCGCUAUCUUGGCAUUAAAGCCCUUACAUCGAUUGUAAAGGUGUCGCCAAAAUCAGUGACCGCUCAUCAACUAGAUGUCAUUGAAUGUCUCGAAUCAAACGAUGAAACUCUCAAGAGAAAGAGUUUGGAUCUUCUCUAUCGAAUGACAAACAGCAAGAAUAUAGUACCAAUCUGUGCAAAGUUGAUUGACCAUCUCAUCUCGACCGACGAUGAGUAUCUCAAAGGUGAAUUAGUCACUCGUAUAUCUGACCUCGCCGAGAAAUACUCACCCAACGACUAUUGGUACAUUGAAUGUAUUAUAAAACUUUUAAAUGUUCAAGGUUCAAGAGUACCCGAACAAUCAGCCUACAACUUGAUCAAAUUAAUUGCAAAUGGUACUGGAAACGAACAACAAGAUAUCGAUAUUAAAAAACAUGCAAUCAAUCUAUCUUGGAAUAUUCUUGAUCAAUAUACUGAUCUAAAUAACACGAGUAAUGGUAAUCAAGUUAAUGGUGGUCAUUUAUCGGAAUUAUUGGUUAGAGUAUUAUGUUGGAUCUUGAGUGAAUAUUCUUAUUUGGAAGUACCACAAGAAGAGAGAACAGAGUCAUUGGAAAGUGUCAUUAAUUUUAUUUGUGAUUAUUUGGAAUUGGAUUAUGAUGGCAACACUAAAUCGUGGUUAUUGGGUAAUUUGGCAAAAUUGUCUGCUCAAAUUGGAAAGGUACUGCCACAAGUACUUUUGGUGGCUAAAAAGAACUUGGGUUCACGUUAUCUCAUGACCCAACAAAAGGCAAACGAAUUGAUUCAAUUGGCCAACGACCAACAAAUGUUGGACAAUGUUUGUCCAAGAGAUGCCUACUGUAACGAAGUAGACAUUUCUACACUUGCCAAAAAACUUGGACAACACGCAAGAAAUCAAGUUCAAGCAGGUCAUUCAAAACCUUACAUUCCAAAACAAAAUAGAACAAAAUCUUCCUCUUUACAGUUGAUUGAUAUCGGAGUUGAACAUAAUCCAACAAAGGAAAAGGAAUUAAAUUUUGAAUAUCCUACUCCUCCUUCAAUCUUUAAUAAUAACAGUAAUAAUAAUGCAUUGGCAAUUCAUCAACCUCUUGUACCAAUUCUAACAGGUCAAACGAGUACUGGUGAUCAAAAAUCAUUAGAAUUGGUUCCAGUCGGCAGCAAUAAUGAAAAUCAAUUGGCUGUUGCCGUUGUUAGACAACCCGAACAUAAUGAACCAAUUGUUCCAAAACCUAAAAAGGUUGUUUGGACUAAACAAGGUUAUACUGGUAAUAUUCAACCUGUCGCUCCAAUUCAACAAAAUCCUCAACCAACCAAUCAACAAUCAAACAAUCAACAACAAACUAAUCCUCAACAAAACCCUCAACAAAAUAAUAAUAAUCAACCACAACAAAGAAACAUUCCAACAAGACCAGUUGAUGAAAAGAAAGAAAAAAUGGCAAGAGAAUUAUUUGGAGAAAUGGAAGAUGAUUCACAUACUUUGAGUGUAUCUGAUAGAAUACAUCAUCAAAGACCAAAACCAAAUAUUCACACCACCAACAGCAACAACGCACCUGCUAUAAAACAACAAGGCAAUUAUACCGAGGACUUAAUUAAUCUUUCAAUCAAUGAUUCUACAGUUACAUCACCUCCUAUUGUUGGUAACAAUAAUAAUAAUAAUACUUCACUUGUAGAUAUAGAGGAAACAAAUAAUCCAGUUUAUCAACAUAUGGCAGGAGUUAAUGAUAUUACCAAAGAAUUACAAUUGGAAUUGGCUCCCAAACCAAACUAUGAUCAUUUAUUGGAUGGUGGUGACCUCAACAGCACUGAUCAAAAUGCAAUUGUCUUAUCACCUCCAUCAUCAUCACCAACCACAUCUCAUCAUCGAUUAGCUUCUCAAAUUAAUCCAGGCAAUUCUUUUUUACUCAAUAAUUUAAAUUUAACUUCAAUCUACCAUUCUUAUAUAAAACCAACAACAAUUAAACCAAGACAAUAUCAAUUGUAUAGUGAUAGUAAUAUAGUAUUAUCAACCAUAUCAAUUCCAAAGACAAACAAUUCAAAUUUUAUUUUACUUUUAUUAAUUUCAAAUAAUCAAUCAAGUCAUCCUUUGACCAAUCUUGUUACAACUAUUGGUAAAAAUGAUUUAUAUAAACUUGAAUUUGACGGAGAUUCAAUUGUAGAUAUUAAAGAUAAUCAAUUAACAAUCCAAGAAUUAAAUCCAAAGUUGACUGUAUUACAAGUUUUAGAAGUAGAUUUAAAAAAAACUGGUCAUUCAAUAUCAAUUCAUUUAGAUAUUCAAUUCACAAUCAAUUCCGUAUUAAAAACGAUUCCUAAUCUUUUAAUUCCAAUUGAUAUUUCGGAUUUCCUAGUACCAAUUAACAUUGAUAAAGAACAAUUUAAAUUAAAAUGGGAAGAAUUUUCACAAGAAAGAGAAGUAGUAAAUUUACAAAAUGUAACAUCAAAUAUACAAUGUCAAUUUGAGAAUGGACUUGCUCUAGGUAAAUUACAACCAACUCUGGAUGAUAAAAACUAUGUAUAUGGAUCAAGUCGUUUGGAAUCAGAAUCUAUUCAAAUAGCUGGAGAAGGAUUACUUUUAUUUAAAGCCAAUUUCAUAGCCAAACCACCAAUCAUUUCAAUCAAAACAAAUGAUAAGAAUUUUGUUGAAGUUUGUCUUAGACACUGUUAUAAAAUAAUGCAUUCAAACAAAUAA